UGCAGAGGGCUUGUUUGCUCCAUCAAGGUGAAUGCUUGCAAAAACCUUCAUUUUAACCAGUGUAAUUUCCUCACUGGCAGGAGCAAAAAAAAAAAAAAGGCAGCAACAGCAAUAAACCCUCAGCCUUAUUUUUCAAGUGUCUUUUUGAACAAGGGUUAAUCAACAGUAAAAUUAAGAGGCCCCUGGAGGGAGCUACCAGCAGCCCACGCUGACUCACAGCCCCAAAUUUACUGCAGCCAGAACUUCAUUUGCAUUUCCUCCCGCAUGCAGAGAGGAGCAGGAACAGAAGAGGUUUGUAGGGAAAAGGGGUGGAGAGCAGGGAGGACCGGCGGCAGCGGCGAUGGUUUGGUUAUAAAGAGAUGGGAGGAAAGAGAGGCAGCAGUGCAGCCCUCGGCCGGGGCAGCGGCGCGCAGGGAUGGGCGAGUCACUGCAUUCCUGCAUCGGGCUCCUGGGCAUUUCCGCAGGAUCUCUCCUGCUGGCUGUGCAUUUGUACAGCUCCGGCCGCGCCGCGCCGCUGAUCCCCAGCACGGCUCUGGGAGUGCUGCUGCUGAUUGUGUCGGCUCUCCUGGCGUAUGCAGGGAUCCGGAGAAGCCUCAGGAACGCCUCCCUGCUGGUGUCCCUGUGCCUGACCAUAUCAGCCCUCUGGAGUGGCUACGGAGUGAUCCUCAUCCUGGCAGGGCAGGGAGUGCUGCCCGGCCCGGGGGAUGCCCGCGAUGCCCUGCUGCCAGGCCUGGCCACCUUCACCCUGGCCCUGCUCCUGCUGGCCGUGGUGGGCUUCCUCUGCAGAGAGCCCCUCCUGGCCCUGGUGGCUGCUGCCAUGUCCCUGGCCGGUGCCCAUGAGGUGGCCCUGCACUUCAGCUCCUCGCUCGGCCCCUCGGCCGUGGCGUGCAGUCACCUCAGUGUCUGCUUGGUCGGGGGCUACUUUGCUCUGGGGAGGAUCCUCUACCUCCUGACCAAAGGGAAAGUUGCCCUCCCUGGCACGGAUCUUGCAGAGAAAAAGGCCCAGGAGCAGGGCCGGGGCAGCGCUGGCAGCACCAACCCCUUUGCAGCCCCCGGGCUGCUCCUGAACAUGCUGUCAGCCAGUGUCUUCUGCUGCAGGCUCCUGGGAGUCACCCACAGGCUCUUCCUGGGCCACGUGCCCUGGCUGUGGGCAGCUGGCACCUACCAGAUUGGCAUCUGUGUGUUGUCCUACCGUGCAAUGGACGUUCUCAUGGCCACAGCCUUUGGCUUCACUUCCAUCCUCAAAUUUGCUGGAGGUUACUGCCUCCUGUACCCCGCCUGGCAGCCAGAGGAGCCGUCUCUCCCGACCCCAUUCCUGGUGGUGUUCUCCAUUCUUUUUGCUGUCUUGGCUCUUUUUCUGUCCCUUCAGAGCCCUGUGGAUGGCCUGUACUUGCUGGUUUUUGUCACCUACUGCAUUGCCUUGGCUUGCAGUCCCAGGGGUUUUUUUGCAGGUGGCCCCCAAGGCGUGGCCGUGGCCAUUUUUGUGGCCUCAGCCUUGGUGGCUCUGAUUCACCUGUACAAUGUGAGGGCCAGGGCCAAGAUCCCAACAGGGAAGGGUGUUGUGAAGGCCCUCCUUGCUCGCAGCAGCCUCCUGAAGCUCCGGGAGGGGCCAGACCUCCACGCUCCCUACCUGGGCUAUUCCAAGUAUGCCGAUGCAGAAGCCCUUACCUAUGCCUGCAGUGUCCUGGCUUCUUUUGCUCUAACAGCCACAGGAGACCCCCAGGCUCCUCUUGCCACUGUUGUCAUUCCAUGGGUGGUGGUAGCUGGUGGGAUCCUGAAGCUCCUUGGUGGCUCAGUGGCUUUUGCCCGGGGUAAAACCCUGGAGAGCAGUGCCUUUAUCCUCUACUCUGUCAUGUGGAUCAUCUGGGGCCUGACAAGGUAUGGUGGCCUCUAUGGCACUGCCAGAAGCUUUCAUGCAGCUGUAGGCAUCAUUUCCUUCAUGCUCUUCAACAGCUUCAUUGUCUUCUGCUCGCUCUUCUUAAACAUGGCCUGGUUCUUCUACUCCCUCACCUUCACGCUCAUCGCUGUCAGCUUCCUCCUGGAUGCCAUCCAUGCUCUUCCCACUGGAUACGACAUCGCUGCCACCCUCAUCUUUGGGCUGGUCAGCUUUUACUGCUUCCUGGCUGCCCUGGCCAGCAGCACCUUUGAGGGUUGCUGCUUGCCCAUGGGGAGGCCCAUGGUACAGCUCAGUGGUGUUGGGGCAGGAACGACCAAGUGCCUUCACCUGCCUGCCAGGAAAGCUUCCUCAGUCAAGAGAAUUGCAGAUAUCCUGAGGAACGGCGGCACCUGUGGCAUCCCCACGGACACCGUGUACGUGCUGGUGGCCGCCUGCAGCCGGCCUGACGCCGUGGAGAAAGCUCACCGGUCCAAGCGCCAGGCUCAGGAUCGCCCCAUGUCCCUCUGGAUUUCCAGCCUAAAGCAACUGGAACCUGCCAAGCAUUUGUUCACUCCCCUCCUGUGGGACUUCAUGGAGGCUGCCUGGCCAUCUCCCAUUAGCUUGGUCAUUCCCAGAGGUGAAUGGGUGGAUUUCCUGGGAAUGAAGGACUCUGCUAAGUACGUUGGGACCCCCCAGAGUGUGGCCAUCCGCAUUCCCGACUGCUCUGUCACCACACACCUCAUCGACCUGGUUGGCCCCAUUGUGGUCACAUCAGCCAACCCAACAGGAGAGGCUGACACGACCCACCACAACCAAGUGUAUGCCAAGCUGGGAGAUAAGGUGGAUGCAGUUCUUUGUGGUGGGCCUUCUCCAGAGAACAUUGCCUCCACCGUGGUGGACUGCACCAAGAUCGACAGUGGGAACAUUGGAUUCUUCCGAGUCGGCAUCAUCCCCAAGUCUCAGGUGCUGCAGAUCCUGGAGCAGGUGCAGAAGAAACACCUGGUGGUCCCUAGCAUUGGCCCUUGCCCCACAAAAGGCUGGGAAGAGCUCCAGAAUCGUGGCCACGCUGUGCCCAAUGGGGUGGGCAGAGCUGCCUUGGUGGAGCCAGGGCUGGAUCCCGAUCCCGAGCAUCACACCCGCUUCUGACUCCCACAGCUCCGUGCUCACCGCGACGUCGGCUGCUGGAAAAUGCCAUUUGGGCAAACUGGGGAAUGGGAGAGGCUUCCCAGCUGCAGGGGUGACUCACUUGUCUUUCUGUGGACACUGCUCAAUUAUCCCAGUGCGGUGCUGCCUCGCAAACCACAGGCACCCAGAAGGAACAUCUUCUCUUAGGGACACUGCCAGCUUUCCCUGGAGAUCAGUCACAGCCAAAGCAGGCUUUCCUUUGGUGAUAAGCUGGUCCCAAAGUUACAGAGCUUUAUCCCUGACACUGGGAGGGAAUUCCUUGGAUUUGGGGCAUGGAGUGAGGCGAAGCGGUGCAGAAUUACCUGGUGGGGGAAAAACACUGCAUGAAACUUGAAUCACACAGAAUCUUUUCGGUGGGAAAAGACCUCUCCAAUCCUUGAGUCCAGCUGUCCCCCCAGCACUGCCAGUGCCACCACUGACCCGUGUCCCCAAGUGCCACACCACGUGGGGAAGGAGGAGGGGAGGUGUGUCCAGGUGCUUUGCUGGUGGGCCCAAUGGACUUGGCAAAGUCUGGGCUGGGAGCUGGGGGUGUCUCCUGCUGUGCUUUUUCCAGAGAGAGGUCACCCAUGUUUGACCCCACUUGGGAAGUCUUUCCUCUGUUGGGAGAGCCCAACACUCCAAAGAAAUGCCAUGAUCUGAGGUGCCAUUUCUGUAUUUCACACUCAGUGUCAGGAUGGAAUUCCCAUCUGAUGACUCCAAUGUUAUAUCCUUAAAGGUGCUGGAGCUUUAGGGAAGACCCUCCCUUCCCAUGUUAGGAAUUUCAGGAGGGCAAUCUCCAAGUGUUUGAGAAAGCCAGGAGCUGGUCUCUUGCCUUACAGCCCAACUCUUCCCAUCUCAUGGCACGUUUCCUCCAGAGUGCAAAUUCCAUAGGAUCAGAGGAAGGAAUUCCAGCCACUCCAGGCAGUCAUUUGUCUUCUCCAGCUUCUCUGCAAGCUGCUGAAAUACAGGGAAGGAGUUGGAGCUCACCCAUGACCUUACUGGCAUCACUGGGAUGUGGUGGGAUGGCUCCUGGAGUGCAGCAAUAGGAGGAUGUCGACUUUUUAGGAAGGACAGGCAGUGUGGAGUGGUGGCUGCUGAGCAGGAAGAGUUGGGAAGGAGUCUCAAACCUUCGUGAGGAGUUUUCCUUGGCAAACACUGCAGUUAUGGCUUGUUCCAUCUCCAAAAACUGCUGAUCUUAUUCUUACCUGACUCAGGUGCAAGGUGCUGAUCAAACUGCAGCUGAAACCAAUCCAUUGAUCAUUUAUUUCACCUGAAGCUGUGCUGGAAUUUAAGGAUAAAAGUGGUGCAGUCAGAGGAGCUCAGCCUCCAAAACUCUGCCAAAAUGGGCUCUCCUCAACUUGUCCUCACAGAGCUGGCUCUCUUCCUGCAGAGAAAAUUCCAGAGAAUUAAUGUGUUCAAUUAUUUUGCUGGUCUACUUCAUGUAUCUCCUUGGAGUUUAUCAAAACUGGUUUUUAGAAAGCAAUAAAAUAUUUUCAAUAAACAGA